AUGGUCGAAGGUCCCGCUGUUAUUGGGGCUGUCGCUAGUAUAACUCAGCUCAUUGAUUUCAGUGCCAAAGUCAUCAUUCGCCUCAAGGAUUUCCAUUCUCUUGCAGGAGAACUGCCAACGUCCCUUCGCCAUGUCAGCUCUAAGUUGCCUGUUCUAAGCACCACACUAGUAAGCAUUUGCCAAAAUCUCAAGGUAAAUCCAGCAGAUUCUAAACUCGAAGCUGCUCUGCUAUUGGUGUUCAGUGAGUGCCGCGAACAGAUAGCGCAACUAGACGCUGUCAUUGCGAAGACGCUGCCGACUACCAACGACAAGUGGCUGUCAACGAGCAAGAAGGCAAUAGGAAGCCUAUAG